GCCGCUGGUAGGGAACAAAGGCUGUCCAUGCGGAGCCGAAGCAGUGUGUCGCCUCAGUGGCUUCGCGCCGGGUGGAUGUAUAUUGUAUCGUGGUAACAGCAGAGCUUAACAGCGUAGACUAUGGAUAGGGUUCCACUCAGCAGAGAGACUGUGGAGGCGAUAAAGACAAAGCGGCAGCUGGAGAGGGCGUGGGAGGAGUACGGAGACCCGGAGGACAAGCGAGCGUUGAACAGGCAGAAGAGGCUGGUGAGUCGGCUGGUGGCCGAGGACCGCGGGGCGCACGUGCAGGCGCUCGAGGAUGAGCGGCGCGAAGCGGCCGCCAGGAGGGCCAAAGCCGACGGGAUCCGCAAGAUGGUGGCCCGCACCGACGACGACACGCUGUGCGAGCUCGCCGAUACCAUGUACGGCGUCGUCCAGAUGAUGAAGUCCCUCGCCGUCGGCAGCAAGAGGCAGCUCGGCCGAGGUGGAGGCGUCCGGGCCAUACAGUGGUGACAGACAGUCCCUGUCUGGUCUUUGGCAGAACAAGCUCCAUUUUUGCAUUUUUUUUUUGAGUGGGGGUGGGGAGUUGAAUUCGUGUUACAGUUUAAUAGGCUACUUAGUCCAGUUGAUAAGUGCUGCAAUGGAACAUCUUCAUUAGCUCGGUGAAUACUGUAUUUAGACUUGACUGGGGUCAACAUACCAUUCCAUUUACUUGAUCUUAAGUGUACUGCAUGUAACUCGUAUCAGUUUCAGAAUAAACCAAAGGGCUUUGCACAUAGUCUGGCGCAUAUUAUAAUUUUUGUACUAAACGCUGAUGCUCUGACUGGACAAGAAAUUAGUUUUCUUGCGGCUUGCACCGUACGACCAGUAAAUGUACUUUUAUUUCUUCUCGUG